CAAGCGCCAACGAUUUGUAGUCGAACAGUGAGAGUACAUCGUGCUAGUCGAACCUGAGAUUUUAAUCGUAUUUUGUCAGCGGAUUUUUAAGUGAGAGACUUCUGAAAAGUGUCCAAAGUGAUGGAGUGAACGUCAAAGAAUUCAAAAAAGUGUUACAGGUAAAAACUAUGUCUUCUGCAAAAGUGUUAAAUCCUCCGAAUCCUCCGGCGGCCAAGCCGGAGCCGAAACCCACUCAAAAUCACACCGUUACCAGUCGCAAUUACGGAAGCAAACAGCAGAACAACAAGCGACGCAACAAGCACGACAGAGGUGCUAGGAAACGUUCAAAAAGUUUUUCCGGCUGUGGCAUCCUGUUAAACCCCAAACCAGUCUUACCAACCAAAUUCUUAUUGGGAGGGAACAUAAACGACCCUUUGAACCUAAACAGUCUGCAGGAUGAGGAUAUUAACCGAGCUAUGAACGCUGUCACUCCAAAAUCUUCACCGGUUCCAACACCGCCACGCAGAAAAAUGCCUAUUGAGGUAAUGAUACCGCCAAAUACACACGAUCCUUUGCAUUUAAUGGACUGCGAUAAUGACGAAGAGUAUGAAGAACACCUUUGUUCUCCAGUUAAAAAAGGUCGCAAAAAACGCGUUAAAAAACGCCGUACCGUCUCUAGUUCCGCAGAGGGUUGUGACGCCGACAUCACAGGCAAUUCCGAGGCCAAAACUCCAGAAGCUACCACGGAUUCGGCAAAGAUACCGGAAGUACCGAUACUAGGUAUAGCGGAGAAUGUUACUGUUGAAACAAAGGACGAGAAAGAGGAACCGCCUAAAUCUAAAGUGUGCAAAAAUUUGUCGAUCGAUUUAAGCAAAGAAAAGAAAGAGAAGCCAAAACGAAGGUCAGAGGAGGGAAAUCCCAAUCAUGCUUCCAAAAAAUUCAAGAGCUUUAUGGACAAAAUCGUGAGUCCGGUGGUUCCCCAGCCAGGAGCUUGGUUGAAAAGGUCUAAUUCAGUGAAGAUAUCGAGGCCUAGGCCGAAUAAAACUACAGAUGAGAAGAUGCCUAUGUUUAAAGAGAAGAAUAAACGAUUUCAGUAUGGAAACUACAACAGAUAUUAUGGAUAUAGGAAUCCCAAUAAUGAGACUGAUCACAGGUUGAGGGUUUUUUCACAUCAUCCAUAUCUUUUUGAGGGCAAAGAUAUUUUAGAUAUCGGUUGCAACAUUGGCCAUAUUACAUUAAGCGUAGCAAGAGAUUUUAGAGCUAAAACAGUCACAGGUAUAGAUAUCGAUCCGAAAUUAAUUAGUAUUGCCCGUAAAAACAUAAAGCACUAUGUUAAAACGGAAAAUUCGCCUGCGAGGCUAGAGCGUACCUCGAACGGCUCUAAACUGACGUCGACAGAUGUAUUAAGUAGUAGUGAGUUUUUCCCUAUAUCUUUGCCUAUAUUAUAUGGACCAAUUGACAUUCCAGGAUUCAAUGAGACCCAAAAAGGCAGGGGCUUCCCGUACAACGUCACAUUUAAGCAGUGUAACUACGUCCCAGAAGAUGAAAAUUUACUCGCAUUGGAACAGCCCCAAUUUGACGUUAUCUUAUGUCUAAGCAUCACAAAAUGGAUUCACAUGAACUGGGGCGACAACGGUCUCAAACUAACAUUUAGGAGGAUGUACGAACAGUUAAGGCCUGGCGGAAGAUUGAUUUUAGAGCCACAGCAUUGGGCCAGUUAUAAAAAUAAGAAAAAUCUUACGGAAACCAUCUACAGGAACUAUCAAGCUAUAGAGUUCUUCCCUGACAAGUUUACUGAAUAUCUUCUGUCGCCCGCUGUAGGUUUUGCAAAGAGUGAAAUUCUUGGUUAUCCCCAGCAUAAAAGUUCUGGAUUUAGGAGACCUAUACAAGUUUUUACAAAAAGCACGAUGUUUCCAAGUGAAAGGAUAGAAGCGACGCCUGGCAAUCCUGUAUAUAGUGAUUCUGCGUAUCCAAAGACAAUGCACACAGGUAAAUACGAAUCUCAACCUGCCGACUGCGUAGAACAUGUUUACACCAAGUUACUACAUCCGACUCCACGGUAUUGCGAAAGCGCGGAAGACAAUCUGGAAAUCAACGAAAGCAUCGCGAAAAGCUUGGAAAGCGAAGAAAAAAUGAACCAGUCCAACGGCCACGAGGAUGUCGACCAUUUCUACAACCAAGAAUCGAGUGAUAUCGACAAUAACGAGAAAACCGUGAUGGAUUGUAGCGAUAGACUCUCCAGUGAAGCUACUCCCGAUAAUACCAAUGACAGUACGUCAUUAGACAAAGAUAAAAACAGUCAAGUGCGUAGUAUUAGUGCGCAAAAGAACGUCUCGAGUAGUCCGACUUUGAAGGUGUUAAGGACGCCAGAUCGGCAGAAUUUAAUCGUGGAUAAUACUUAAGUCGUAUUUGUAAAGUUCGAUAAAGUUAAGUAUAAUGUUAUCUAUUGUAAUCGAGCCACCCGGAUUUUGUAUACAUUUUGUAAAUAUUUAUUGUUAUGAUUUUUUUCUGGAAAAAGAUUAAUUGUAAUAUAUUCGCCUUUGUUCUUCGAUAUUAGAACGAAAAAAAUAAAGUAUUAACAGUCAUUUUA